GCCAGCUGGCUUGCACCUGCGGCAAUCAGACGUGGACUUCUUCACUUUUCAAUUUGCCUCGGGACAACAACAUGGCCAUCAACUUGGGCGUUCUGUACGCCACGACGUGCUUCGUCAUCUGGGGCCUCUUCCCGCUCUAUUGGAAGGAGCUCGAGGCGAUCUCGGCCGUCCAGCUCGCGCUCCACCGCAUCGUGUGGUCCUUUGUCUUCCUCGCGCUCAUCAUGUGCUUGACGGGCCAGUGGACGACGUUCCGCACCGAAGUCGCGAACCGCAAGAUCCUCAUCACGUACACGCUCUCAAGCAUCUUCAUCUUGACCAACUGGAUGACGUACGUCUGGGCCAUCAACGCGGGCUAUGUGGUCGAGACGAGCCUUGGCUAUUUUUUGACGCCGAUCCUCACGGUCAUUCUGAGCGUGCUCGUCUUCAAGGAGAAGCUGCGCAAGUGGCAGUGGGUCUCGAUCGCGAUUGCUGCCGCCGGCCUCCUCGUCGUUGCGAUCGCGUACGCCAAGUUUCCGUGGGUUGCGAUUACGCUCGCGGGGUCCUUCUCGAUCUACGGCUGCAUCAAGAAGAUGGCGCCGCUCAACUCGCUCAACGGCCUCAUGCUCGAGACCGCGAUCAUGCUCAUUCCGUCGUUCAUCUAUCUGAUUGUUGUCGAGUGCAACGGCACUGGCGCAUUUGGUCACGUCGAUACCAAGUCGACCUUGAUGCUCAUUGGCGGCGGUAUCGUGACCGUGAUCCCGCUUCUCCUCUUCGCCUCGGCCGCGCAACGCAUCCAGUUCAACGUGCUUGGCAUGCUCCAGUACAUCUCGCCGAGUCUUGUCUUCCUCCUCGGCGUCCUCGUCUACCACGAACCGUUCUCGUCGACCAAGCUCAUUGGCUUCAUUCUCGUCUGGGUCGCGCUCGCCUUGUACACGGCCGAGGGUAUUUGGAACCAGAAAAAAACAUCGUCGAGCGCCAAGGACGACCCUGCCGAUGUGCCGGUUGCUGUGGCGGUCGCUGUUGAAACGCCGCGCGCCGAAGCAACCGAAACGCCGUACAAGAGUGUGUAGACUACGUCGUUUUGUUGUCAAGUGUAUUGAACUGUAGAAAUAGUUGUUU